UACAUCGGGGAGCGGCCGUUCACCUGCUCGGACUGUGGGAAGGGAUUCACUUGCUCAUCCCAACUGAAGGUACAUCAGCGAGUUCACACUGGAGAGAUGCCAUUUACCUGCUCAGACUGUGGAAAGCGAUUCACUCAGUCAUCUCACCUACAGAGACACCAGUCAGUUCACACUGGGGAGAGGCCGUUCAGCUGUUCAGACUGUGGGAAGGGAUUCACUUUGUCAUCUCAGCUACUGAGACACCAGUCACUUCACACUGGAGAGAGGCCAUUCACCUGCUCGGACUGUGGGAAGCGAUUCAGUUGCUCAUCCCAUCUGAAGGUACAUCAGCGAGUUCACACUGGGGAGAGACCAUUCACCUGCUCGGACUGUGGGAAGGAAUUCACUCAGUCAUCCCACCUACGGAGACACCAGCGACUUCACACUGGGGAGAAGCCGUUCACCUGCUCGGACUGUGGGAAGGGAUUCACUUGCUCAUCCCAUCUGAAGGUACAUCAGAGAGUUCACACUGGGGAGAAGCCAUUCACCUGCUCAGAGUGCGGCAAAGGAUUCACUGGAUCAUCCCAACUACAGAGACACCAUCAAGUUCACACUGUGGAGAAGCGGUUCACCUGCUCAGACUGCGGGAAGGGAUUCACUCACUCAUCUCAACUGAAGGCACACCAGCCAGUUCACACUGGGUAGAGGCCAUUCACCUGCUCAGACUGUGGGAAAGGAUUCACUCAGUCAUCCCACCUACGGAGACACCAGUGACUGCACACUGAGGAGAAGCUGUUCACCUGCUCAGAGUGUGGGAAAAGAUUCACUCGGUCAUCCAAUCUACUGAAACACCAGCGAGUUCACAAUAGGUAGAGACCGAUUUCCUGCUCAGACUUCAGGAAGAGAUUCUCUCAGCCAAUUCAACCAAAUGUGCAUCAUUGAGUUCACAUUGUGGAUAGGCCGUUCACCUGUUGUGAAUGUGGGAAGGGAUUCACUCAGUAAUCUAACCUUGUGACACACUACUAGGUUAACACUUGGGAGAAAGUUUCAAUAAGCUGCAGGCUGGAUAUUUGUCCAUCACCGUUGCUGAAUGUAAUUUCGAGAGUCACUGUCGGUGCUGAACUCUGAAAUUAUUGUUGCUGCUCCUCACACCCAGCCCUGGUCACUGGGCAUGGGAGGGGUUUCUUCUGCUGCACAUUCACCUUUAAUGUGACUAGAGUUUAAUAUUCUGGAUCUGAGACAAAUAAAUCAUUUGUAUUUUAAA